AUGAGUUUUUUUUUUCGGAUGAGAAAGUCGAUAUCAACUCCACCUCUAUCGCCGUCGCCUUCACGGGGCGCCGUGGUUGCGUCGGCGCAGGCGCCGGGCGCCGGGCGCCGGGCGCCAGCGCCAGCGCCUGCGAUUCCGCCCCAAGCAUCGAACAAGCCCCCCGAGCCCGAUCGCGCCUGCCCGCCCGCCAAAACGCUGCUCCACGCGCCGUCUCCCACCAUCUGCACAGAUGCGCACGCCCCUUCCCCAUCCCAUUUCAGCACCCACCCCGUCUCGCCUGCGCCCCUACUCGCGGCGGCUCCCCUGCGCUCUGACCGCAGCGCCCCUCCUCGCUCCUGGGCCUUCAUUGCGGUCCUGUCGUUGUCUACCGCGCCUGGCCCGUGCAGGAUGAUCGCAUCCGGGAAUUUUGAUCUCCCACGCGUACCCGUGAGCUCACCGCGACCGAUCCUUACUCUUCGCCAAAGCUCGAGCUCUCCUCUCCGACCCGACCUCUGCCCCACCCGCUCCCAUCUGCGCCGCUCGCACGUUAAGCGCACCGUCGGCGCCCCGAUUCGCGUAGAAACCGGCUCGCCCGCUCCUCCCCCACCGCCAUCACCCCACGAUCCGUCGUGUAGUAAGGCGGCUUCGCCAGUCCGAAGCUCCGCCGGGGCCCACACCGCGUCCUUCCAAAGUACGUGCACAUUAUCUCCUGUGUCGCGGCCUUACUUUCCCGAAGCCUAA